UCCCCCGGGCGUCUGCUCGCGCGGACCUGCACCCACGCGGCCUCCCGCGCGCCCUCCUGGCACCAGGCCUACGCCGGGGUCACCGACUAGACGCGCACCGGCCGCCGCGGGAUCGGGGGCGGCGCGAGGGCGAGGGCACAGCUGGGCGCAGAGGCGGCGCGGGCUUUUCCCGGGGCUGGCGUGCGCCGUGGCGCCUCUACCCGGGCGGGAACUGCCGCCGCCUCUAGGGCUACUCCGGCUGCCGCCAGCGCGCACCGAGCCGACUCAAGGGGCGAGUGGCGACGGCAGCUCUGGUCUGAGGCUGUCAGAGAUGACUCUGGUUCUGUCCAUGAAUAGAUUCUGCGAGCCCAUUGUCUCAGAAGGAGCUGCUGAAAUUGCCGGGUACCAGACACUAUGGGAGGCUGACAGCUACGGAGGCCCGAGCCCCCAGGGGCCAGCACAGGCUCCUCUGCAAGGAGACCGGGGAGCUGGUCCCCCGCUGGCAGGAUCACAUUACAGGGGAAUUUCAAAUCCUAUAACAACAUCCAAGAUCACAUACUUUAAGAGGAAGUAUGUGGAAGAAGAGGAUUUUCACCCACCACUCAGCAGCUGUAGCCAUAAAACCAUCUCGAUUUUUGAGGAGCGAGCCCACAUCCUUUACAUGUCCUUAGAAAAGCUAAAGUUUAUCGAUGAUCCUGAAGUGUACCUCCGAAGAUCUGUCCUUAUAAACAAUUUGAUGAAAAGGAUCCAUGGAGAGAUUAUCAUGCAGAAUAACUGGUGCUUUCCUGCCUGCUCUUUCAAUGGCACCUCUGCCCAAGAGUGGUUUAUGGCUCAUGACUGUCCUUAUCGAAAACGACCGCGGAUGGCCAAAGAGGAGUGUGAAAAAUUUCAUGCCUGCUGCUUUUACCAAGAAUGUGGUGGUCACUACCUAAAUUUACCCCUUUCUGUCAAUGCUAAUGUCGGAAGUGCCUCCACCACUGCCUCCUCUUCCCCCUCCUCCGCUUCCUCCUCAUCUUCCUCUUCCUCUCCCCCUCUGCCUUUACCGAGUUGUUCCCACCAGGUGGAUUUUGAUGUAGGCAGCGCACCUAUUUACAAGGGUGAUGACCAGAUACCUGCCAAUGAAAUCUUUGUUACCAAUAUCAGGUCCCUUGGUGUUCAGGAAAAGGCCAAAUUAAAUGAUGAGAAAGCAAAUAAUGACACCAACAGGGAUGGCGGCCCCCUAAGCCAUGAACCUGUGGGAAAUGACCUGGCUUUUGAGUGCAAAGGCCAAUUUUAUGAUUAUUUUGAGACUGGAUAUAAUGACAAAAACAAUGUGAGUGAGUCUUGGAAAAAGUCCUUAAGGAAAAAGGAGCCUUCACCAAGUAACAAACUGUGCUGCGGCAAAGGAAGUAACAUAUGAGCCAUCUUUUCACCGAAACUUUGAAGCAUGCACAGCAUGAUCAAUUAGCUCUCAUAAAUUUUAUUUUGAAUGGAUUUUAUAGUUUUGUACAACUGAUAAAAUUAUGCCAUGAACAUGCCGUGUCGUUUUAAUGCCUGGAGAGCAGAUUGCAUAAAACAUCUGUAUAGUCGGCAUCAGCAAGCUACUGAUCAAUGUGGUGAUUUUACCAAGAAAACAGUUGACUUAAUGCUUAAAACUACACCUUAGUUUUCCUACAGAAGAGAUCGGUAGAUUAGACUGGGGGACGAUGUCUCCUUGUGAUAUUUCCUUUACCCCCAAGGAGCCUGUCACUAGCUAAGAAACUUCAACAUGUUUGCCAAUUAAUUAGGUAGUUAUUUGGUAAGCAAAUCAAUAUAACCAGCUAAGGAUGUCUGCUUUUUCUAUAUGAUGCGGUAUUUUUGCUGAACAAAAGACUGAAGACAGGGAGCUGGAUGAAAUGGCUUCAUGGUGCUGUUAAGUAUUUGUAUUUAACAGUCUUGUGUGACAGAUGGAAAUAGGAUGUAACGUAAUGAAACCCACCUGUCUAGGGGUGGCAACGAACAACACACGUGGAGGGUGACCCCUGCAAGUUCUUGGCAAGUUCUUGGCUUGCCUGUGAUGGGUGAUGAGGCUUUUAGAGAGGUGAUACAGGGCGAUUUUUGGUGCCUUACUUUAUCUUAAUUUUUGCCAGUGUGAAAAUUAAGGAUAAAUCAGAGUUACAGCAGGGAUUCAACAAACAGGAAAAAAACAAAAACACAGGGUGGAUCAAUAUUGUUUGGAAACUGUUAACUUCGAGCUGUUGCGUUCAACUUUUGAUUCGACAUCUCUAUUCUUCCUUUAUUUUUGAUGCCCAAUUGCUUUUGGAUUUGGCAUUUUUAGAAAGGGAUGGAGGAAACAAUAGAGAGAGCUGUUAGAAACCAGCACUAGCUGCUUGAGCUUUUCUAUGGCAACAGUCUGUUGCUGGGGUCUGGGUUUUUUGGGUUUUGGGUUGUUUUGUUUUGUUUUGUUUUCUUGUCCGAUGAAGUUCAUGAACCAGUGGCAUGCAUUAUACUUUAAUCUGUUUUGCAUCAUUUCACUCGUUUAGAUUAUAAACGCAUGUGGUUUUUUAUAUAUGACUUUUGCUGUUAAUUAAGAAGCACAAUGUUAAUAAAUGAUGUGGUGAUCAAUAAGGUUUUAUCUUAAAGAAUGUAAAGAUUUGAGUUUUUGGAGAGUUAUUUUGGAGAAAUGGGACUCAGUCAGCAAUCGCUACUAUGUAUUUGGUCAACGUUUUUCUCAAUAAUUUCUUUAAUUUGUACAUUUGCAAGAGUGUUCAGAGUGCCACUCUGACCAUUCUUCCUUCCACUCCGGCCAACUCCUCCUGCUAAACCGUAUUCCAAUUUCCAAGGUUACUAAUUGACUUGAGCCUACUUAAACAAUGCUUCACAGGAACCAAAUGCCAAAAGGAGGAAAUAAGUAAGUCCUCCCAGUUUCUCCAAGAUAAAGCUUUUUUUAUUAUUGCUAUUAAUAUUAAAUAUAGGUCUCAUUCAUACAGUGUAUGAGUAGGAUCAUCAUUUGGACAAUGUCCACAAGGACCAAUUUUUAAAACAUGUUCUUGUGUUAUGGCUAAAUAGUCUAGUAAUGUUUUGUCCUUUAUUUUCAAUAUUUGAUAAAUAUUUGAUGUUGAAAACUUAGAUGAUAGAUGCUUGUAUAUGAAUGUGUUGUUGUAAUAAAGUGAGGUUUUCUUGAUAUAUAUAUUUAUUAAAA